AUGGCGUGUCGACCAUUGAUUAAAAAUGGUUCACGUCUCCUACGACCAACUUUAUAUAGUCGAACGAUAGUGAAUGGAACCCAAGACAAACCACCUUUCCCUAAAGUUCUUCCUGCUGGAUUACCCAUUCAAAAUGAGUUACCUGAAGUCAAAUAUGUACCCGAUACACCACCGAAUCAUAUAAACUAUCCAAACAUGUCCAGACGGUUGCUGGCUUGUCGCGGUGUCGAGAUCGUUCAUAAUGAGCUCAUACAUAAACAAUACGGAAUUAUGGCACUCGCUCCCGGUUUAAUGAAGGAAGGACAUUUCAAUUCUAUUCGUGACAUGGUUAACAAACGAAUCGACAUGGAACGUUGUUUUUCCAUAUGGCGUGUUGAUCCACCAUGGCAUCCGUGGUACUUCAAAGGUCUAAAUAAAAAACGUGGCGCAGGCAAAGGCAGUAUCGAAUAUUUCGUUACACCUAUAAAAGCAAACCGAAUCAUCAUCGAAGUCGGCGGAACACUAUCAUUUGAUUAUCUCUAUCGCACAUUACUAUCCAUAGCUGAAGUCUUACCAUUUCCAGCCAUACCUGUCUCGCAAGAGCUAUUAGAUAAAUGGCAAGCCGAACGAAACGAGAUUCAAGAGAAAAAUAUCAAUCGAUUUAGCUGGGAGUACCUCGUUCGGAACAAUUUUAUGAAUUGCCAUCGAUAUGCUGAUUUUUAUGACAUUGAAUUCGCUCGCUAUGGACCGAAAAUUCGCUAG